AUGUCAACUGCUAAGGUAGCCAACUUGCCCAUCUCGUCCAACACCAUCAUCGACGAAUCCCCCAUCUCCUUUCCUGCUGAAGAACUAUUCGAGCUAGAAAAGAGAGCUAUCUUGAACCAAUCAUGGCUCUACAUUGCCCACUCUUCGCAGUUGAAAAAAGCUGGUGAUUAUUGUUCAUUUUCGUUGGCUGGUAUCCAGUUUUUUUUAAUCAAAAACAAGCAAAAUCAGAUCAACUGCUUCCACAACGUCUGUCGCCACCGGGCCUAUCCUGUCAUUAGAAAGGAAAAGGGUUCUUCCAUCAUCUUGGGUUGUAAAUACCAUGGUUGGUCCUACAACACCGAUGGCUUACUCACCAAAGCGCCUCACUUCAACAACGUCGAUGGGUUUGUCAAGUCCGAAAACAGUUUAUACAAGAUCAAUACUCAUGUUACGUCCCAGGGUCUAGUGUUCAUCAAUUUUGAUAGAUCAGCUGAGAACAACCUCCCCAUCUACUCAUUUGAUCAAUUCUUCAACUCGUUUGAGUCAAAGCUAGCUGAUUUCGAUAUCAAUGACUAUACGUACACCACUUCUUACACACUAGAGGGCGACUUCAACUGGAAAGCGUAUCUCCAUUCAAACGAUCACUUCACAUUCAACCAGUCCAACGAUUCACAUUUCAAGUCAAUCAACCAUUUCCUCAAAAACACAGUGCAAUAUAACCCACUGCAACACGAAUCCACCCAACAAUCAACCGCUACUAAAUCAUGGUUUGGCUGGGGCUCGUCGGUUGAAACUAACAAAGUCAGCUCUCCACAAUCAGAAUCCAAAACUGACAUAUUUACUGGCACUUCAUUCAUCCUAUUUCCUCUCUCUUCAAUCAAUGUGUUUGGUCCUGCUUGGUAUUCGUUGAAGAUUUCUCCUGUCUCGCACAAUAAAACCACACUACAAUAUGAUAUAUACUCCAAAAAUGACAUAUCGGAUUUCAAGAAAAACGAAUUUAUCGAAUUUAUUAAACAAUAUGAACUACGCAAGUUCAACCACUGC